CUGACCACAGGUCAUCCAUCCAUCCAGAGAGAAAAGGGGAGAGCACAAGGCACUGGGAGAAAGGACAUCCCAAGGGGCUCGUGGAGGAUUUCUCAUUGCUGGACUUCUCCUCAGUGACCUGAUCCUUCACCUUGUACCAAAGGGAGAAAGAAGAGUGACAAGCGAGGAGAAGGUGCAGAACGAAGCUAGAAAAAAAAAUAUCUCACAUUUUUUCUUCACCGAGGGCGAGCUAAGACUCAGAACUACCCACAGAGCAGUAUGAGGGUCCUCCAGCCGCUCUACCUGCUGCUACUCCUGCUAGCUGUAGCCGUGAUGCUAACCAGCGCAAAGAAGCCAGAUUUUCUGAAUUUGAGGCGAAAGUACCGGAGACAUUACUGCCCACACAAGCGCUGCCUGCCUCUACACUCCAGAGUACCUUUUCCCUGAGGUUAUCUACAUGACUGAUGACGAAAGACAAUAUAUAACCAUGUCCAGGCACCUGAAGAAGGCUGGACCAGAGAAGCCAAACCUCAGGGCAGCUGAAGACCUCAACAGAAUGAGACAUCUUGGAACGAGUACAGCAGCCCACAUCGCCAAAACACCAAAGACCUUCACACACCCUCAGGCGGAUCACUAUACCAUGCCAAGGGAGCAUACUCCAAUGUAACGCAAGGCUGUUUGUGAGCAAACCGUCCUGUGUAGAACAGAAAUAAGUACAGGUAGAGUUUGGCCACUUUAUGUGGAGAUUUAUGUGAGAAACAAAAUUAAAACUGAGUGAUGACCAGAGGGCAAGAAAAAUGUAAACGUAGCCUGCACACAGAUAACCCUCACAAAAACUACCCAGCCACUGUAAAUAGCAUGGACUGAAUGAAAUGUGUU